AUGUCGAGCAAAAGGGCCAAGGGAAAGAACACCAAGAAGCGUCCCCAGCGCGCCACCUCCAAUGUAUUUGCUAUGUUUGACCAGUCUCAAAUCCAGGAGUUCAAGGAGGCCUUUAACAUGAUCGACCAAAACCGGGAUGGUUUUAUUGACAAAGAAGACCUUCAUGACAUGCUGGCCUCAUUAGGAAAGAACCCCACUGAUGAGUACCUGGAGGCAAUGAUGAAUGAAGCGCCAGGCCCAAUCAACUUUACCAUGUUUCUGACCAUGUUCGGGGAGAAGCUGAAUGGCACAGAUCCCGAGGAUGUGAUCCGUAACGCUUUUGCCUGCUUUGACGAGGAGGGCACCGGUGUGAUCCAGGAGGAGUACCUGCGGGAGCUGCUCACUACGAUGGGCGACAGGUUUACAGAUGAAGAAGUGGACGAGCUCUUCCGAGAGGCGCCCAUCGACAAGAAAGGCAACUUCAACUAUGUAGCAUUCACGCGCAUACUGAAGCACGGCGCAAAGGACAAAGAUGAUUAGAAACAGAAGCAGCUCUGGACAAGGCUUAUUCUGUAAAUCGUGUGUAUAUUUAAUGGGUUUCCACUUAGUACAGCUAUAUACUGUUAUUUGGCUCAUGACAAGCUUCACUGUGGUAUAGCUCACUGAAGGUCAUUUGUUUAAGCUGCUUGUUGGACCAUACCUCUGGACCCGCCUCCCCCCGCUCCAACAGCCUUUACUCUCAAAGCUCAUUUGCACAUCUGUGAAAACACCACUAAAGGGUCUGUAUAAGCUAGUGAAGAUGUAUGAGAAAGACCUUCAUGGAUAAAGCCGGAAAUAAACAAGGAGUAUAUUAUUGUG